CAGCGAACGCCCCCACCCCCGCCCCCAUCCCCCACCCGACCCGACCCGACCCGACCCGACAAGGACCCGAAGGGAUGGCGACGGAGGCGGUCUCUCUCAUGGACAUCGACGGCGACGGCGGCGGCGACAUCGACGGCGACCACGGCCGCCCCCCGAAGUCGGACAGGGGCAAAGGCGCCGCCGCCGUCUCCGGCGCUCCUCCGGACGGCAAGGCCACGCCGUGGGUCGAGAAGUACCGGCCUCAGUCGCUCGCCGACGUCGCCGCUCAUCGCGACAUUGUGGACACCAUUGAUAGGCUGACGAAUGAGAACAGGUUGCCGCAUCUAUUGCUGUAUGGCCCUCCCGGCACGGGCAAAACAUCGACCAUACUGGCAGUGGCGCGCAAGCUUUACGGAGCGCAGUAUCACAAUAUGAUCUUGGAGCUGAAUGCAUCUGACGACAGAGGCAUCGAUGUCGUGCGGCAGCAGAUUCAAGACUUUGCUAGCACUCAGAGCUUCUCAUUUGGUGCUAAAUCCUCUGUGAAGUUGGUACUACUGGAUGAGGCUGAUGCCAUGACAAAGGAUGCGCAAUUUGCAUUGCGUAGAGUGAUCGAGAAAUACACGAAGCAUACUAGGUUUGCUCUUAUCUGUAAUCAUGUCAACAAGAUUAUUCCAGCUUUGCAAUCUAGAUGUACCAGAUUCAGAUUCGCUCCUCUUGAUCGCAUCCAUGUUGCAGAUCGACUUAAACAUGUCAUAGCAGCUGAGGGGCUUGAUGUAACUGGGAGUGGCUUGGAGGCACUUGUACGGCUCAGCAACGGUGACAUGAGAAAGGCUUUGAACAUUCUGCAGUCCACGCAUAUGGCUUCUCAACAAAUAACUGACGAAGCUGUCUACCUCUGUACCGGAAAUCCACUGCCCAAAGACAUCGAGCAAAUAUCUUAUUGGCUUCUAAAUGAAUCUUUUGCUACAAGUUUGAAACGAAUAGCUGAUAUGAAGACAAGGAAAGGUUUGGCCUUGUUGGACAUUGUUAGGGAAGUGACAAUGUUUGUAUUUAAAAUCAAGAUGCCAUCAGAUGUUCGUGUCCAGCUGAUUAAUGAUUUAGCAGACAUCGAGUACCGGUUGAGCUUCGGAUGCAAUGAUAAAUUGCAGCUUGGAUCGCUCAUCGCCUCUUUCACGCAUGCUCGUGCUGCACUGGUUGCUGCUGUGAAGUAGAUUAGAUAUGUUGUAGCUACAAUAUGUUUCUACCCUUGGCCCUAACAUUUAUCUGGGUGCCAUUUUCCGUAGCAUGCAAUGAAGUUGGGACCUAUAAUCUUGUGUUGCUUUUGUUCAGUGUGAGUAGCUAUAUCUACAGAAAUGCACAAAGGAUCGUUGCAAA